AAGCUAGGAAAGAAACCCGGCCGCCGCCUUCCGAAACCCUUUAAUAGCAGACGCCCGUGCAACAAUCGCCGGUAGCGAUAAUCAUGGUUCGUAUCAGCGUUCUCAAUGAUACUCUGAAGGCUAUGUACAACGCCGAAAAGCGUGGAAAGCGCCAGGUUCUUGUGCGCCCCGUUUCCAAAGUCGUGAUCAAGUUCCUUCAGGUCAUGCAGAAGCACGGCUACAUCAACGAGUUCGAAUACAUCGAUGAUCAUAGAUCUGGCAAGAUCGUUGUAGAGCUUAACGGGCGUAUCAACAAGUGUGGUGUCAUAAGCCCCCGAUAUGAUCUUUCGCACACUGAUGUCGAAGACUGGGUCGGCCGCCUGCUUCCUUCUCGUCUGUUCGGUGUUAUCGUACUUACAACUGCUAACGGAAUUCUUGACCACGAAGAAGCUCGGCGCAAAAAGGUCGGCGGGAAAGUUCUCGGUUUCUUUUAUUAAUGUUUUUGACACGCUUCUUGAGCGCGCAAACAUAGUCGUCAGGGAAAAGAACUCAGGUCUCGAGGGUUGCUGAACGUUAUCUAGUUACGCGACCAGCGCGCGUGUAUGCGCGUGGUCUGUAGAACGAAUGAUGUCUUGCAACCGUACGACUGCCGCGAGUCGCGGAAAGCUCGAUUACAUAACAUUCUUCAAGUUUUUUUUAAAUUUAUUAAAAAGUGUGUCUAUU